AUGGCUGCUGCGGCAGAGAGUCAGAAGGCGCCGCGUGUGCGGUGGGAGGCGCUCGAGAUGCGGUUACGACCGAUGCUGGAGGCAGGGUCUGAGCUGGUACAGGCGGGCGAGCACGGCGAGGCGGCGCAGCUGUACGCCGAUGUGGUGGCCGACGUGCUGGCAUCGAGCCUCGUCUCGCCGUCGGACUGUGUGUAUCGCUCGCUGCGUAAGGCGGCGAUGCGGUGCGCAGGGGCGAGCGCGACGUCGCGGGCCGGCAAGCUCGGCAAGGCGCUGGCCGAUGUUCUGCGAUGGAAGGGCGUGAUGGAGGUGGUCGACGCCGCCCACGCUACGCUAGCCGACGUGUCGCUGGGCGAUGUGGGGACACGGCUGGCGGUCGCGGAAUCGGCGCUUGCCAGCAUCUCGUCGGUUCCGUAUCGCCCGCCGCGAGUGGUGGCCCGCAUGAUCGAGCGGGCGCGGCGCUCGCUGGCUGGGACGGCUGUCUCGCAAAGCUCGCAGGCCAACAUCCUGUGCGGCGUGCUUGGCAAUGUGGCCAACUUUUGCUACUUUGACACUUGCCCGCUCUGCCGCUCCCAGAUGGCGAACGAUGCGCUCGAGCUCCCGGGCUGUCUGCACAAGUUCUGCCGCAUCUGCAUCUCAUCGUUCCUUGCCCGUCGCACCGCGGACAUUGGCUGGGCCGAGCUUCCGGCUGUCCUCAGCUCGUCGCCGGAGCUUGCGAUUUGUCCAGUGUGCAAGGCAUACAUUGACGGCGAUGUUCUUGUCCCGAUCUUGGACGCGCACGUUGUGGCCACCCGCGCGUCGUCGCAUCGCGACAUGGCUGCCGGCCAAAUCCGGCCCAAGACCCACAGGCAGUACCGACUGACGGUGAGCCGGGAGCCGUCGUCCCAUUUGACCGGCCCGUCCAAUCCGUCGUAUCCCGCGCACGCUGCCGCCUCUUCGGCCGCCGAGUCCGAGCCGCAGCACGAGGCUGAGUCCGAGCCCGGCGAGCUGACCAGCGAGCUGACCGGUGGAACCGAGGAUCUAACAACGCCGAUGCGGCAGGGCAGCGCUGUCCGGGCCUCCAGUGAGGGCAUGGUAGUCAACGUCUCGGUCGUCGACGUCCCGAUCCCAGCCUCGCCGGACUCUGAUGCCACCUACACCGCCACCGCCACCGACGCCGGCCGGCCGUACGACGGCCCGGUCCUGGCUGGCACGCUCUCCCGGAUGCAAGGUGCAGGCGGCAGUCUUGCCGGCGGCGCCCUCGCGGACGCGGAUGCAGGCGCCUUUGUCUUCACCAUCGACUCGCGCGAACUCGACGUGUUCCAGCUUGCGGACCUCGAGGUGGUGGCAAGCGGCAAGCUCGGGGCUGGCCGAUUCGGUGCCGUGUCGCGGAUGCGGUUCCACGGCCUCGACGUGGCGGUCAAGAUGUUCCGCAACGCCAACACGGCUCGCGGCGUCGAAGAGCUCAUCCGCGAGGCCUCGGUCCUCCGCGACGUUCGCCACCCGCGAUGCUUGCUUGUGAUGGGCAUCGUCGUCUCGGACUCGGGCCUCGGCAUCAUGACCGAGUACGUCGCCGGUGGCAAUCUCGCCAAGUGGGCUGCCGGCCAGGCCGGAGUCUCGCUUGACAAUCACCUCCUGCCGGCGCUCCGUAUUCUGACCCACGUUGCCCAGGCGCUGCACUACCUGCACUCGGUCCGCGAGCUCGUUCACCGCGACGUCAAGCCGCUCAACAUCCUCAUCUCACGAGAGGGCGAUGCCAAGCUCGCCGACUUUGGCCUUUCCUCGGCUCCGCACCUCCGCGUUCGCGGCUUUUCAGAGCGCUACGCUGCGCCCGAAGUGCUCAUGGGAGACGUCUCGACCGGUACCUGCAUCGACGUCUACGCAUUUGCCGUUGUUGCUGCAGAGCUCCUGCUGCGCCAGCGCGGCUUUUCCUGGCUCGGCCCCCGCCGCGACGACAACGAUGAAGGCGUCCGCCGUCUCCAGCAGGGCCAGGGAAACGUCUAUCGCAAGCCAUUCGAUACCGCGGCUCUCGACCGCGGCAUGCACGCGCUCGAUCAAGCACUGCCAGCUCCGGCCGUCGCCCGCCUGCGCCAGCUACUUGAUGACUCGUGGGCUGCUACACCCGACGUGCGCCCGACCAUGCUCGACUGGUUGACAAUGCUUGCCGAGCUCGGUAUUGAUCUCAAGGCUGGUGGGCGUAACACGAAGACGAAGCGGACGGCGCCGAAGUCGGUCGACCCGUACCUUGGCCUCCUGGUCGACCUGUACCGGUACCUCGCCCGCCGCACUGGCUCCAAGUUCAACGCCACCGUGCUCAAGCGUCUCUUUAAGUCGCGGUCGAACAUGCCGCCCGUCUCCAUCUCGCGCAUCGCCCGCUACAUGAAGGGCAAGGAGGACCAGAUCGCCGUCCUUGUCGGCACCAUCCUCGACGACGAGCGCAUGGAGGAGGUCCCCAAGCUCACCAUCUGCGCCCUGCACUUCUCCGAGUCGGUCCGUGCCCGCAUCGUCGCCGCCGGCGGUACCUGCAUGACCUUUGACGAGCUCGCCAUCGCCCGCCCGACUGGCUCCAACUGCAUCCUCCUCCGUGGCCAGCUCUCCGCCCGCAAGGCCAACAAGUACUUCGGCCGUGCCCCGGGUGUCCCCAACUCGUCCACCCGCCCGUUCGUCCGCUCCAAGGGCCGCAAGUUCGAGAAGGCCCGUGGCCGCCGUGCCUCGCGUGGCUUUGUCAACUAA